UUUGUCUUUCAAAAAAAAAAAUAAAAAAAAAUUCUCACACAAUUCUAACUUCUAACUCCAAAUUCAUGGCGAAACUCCUUCCAUUAUUGGAGUAACUCUGAAUUGAAUAAAGAAAAAGACACUAUUGGAAAAAAAAAAAAAAGAACAGAAUAUCACAAAGAUAACGAUUCAUGGGACCAAUACCAAACAAGUUGGAGAAGUAUUAUAUUUUUGGCAGGUAAAUUGCAAGAUUAACUAAAAACUUACCCUCAUUGCAACCAACACAAAGUUAGAAAAAUCAUGGCUGCUACUGCCACUGGUCUCUUCUUCCUUAGAACCUCUGCCUUCUCUUUCCCCUCUAAACACCACUCUGUUACUCUUUUUCACAAUAAAGUUCAUUCUUUUCCUCUCAGAGCAGCAAAUCUAGAAGGAAGUGAGAUAGAAGGAAAAGAGGAAGUGGGUGUAAGUGAAAAGAAGAAAAUAUUUGUUGCUGGUGCUACUGGGAACACUGGCAAGAGGAUUGUUGAGCAGCUUCUAGCAAAGGGUUUUGCUGUUAAGGCUGGGGUUCUUGAUAUUGAUAAGGCUAAAUCAACCUUACCUGGUCAAAACCCUCAUCUUCAAAUUGUGAAAGCAGAUGUCACAGAGGGAUCAGCAAGACUAGCUGACGCCAUUGGCAAUGAUUCAGAUGCAGUAAUAUGUGCUACAGGCUAUCGGCGUUCACUGGAUUUUUUUGCUCCAUGGAAGGUUGAUAACUUUGGCACGGUAAACCUUGUUGAAGCAUGCCGAACACUUGGUGUUAAGAGAUUCCUCCUUGUUAGUUCCAUUCUGGUCAAUGGAGCUGCAAUGGGCCAGUUGCUUAAUCCAGCGUAUGUAUUUCUCAAUGUUCUUGGACUGACGUUGAUAGCAAAGCUCCAAGCUGAACAGUACAUUCGGAAAUCUGGCAUCAACUACACAAUAAUAAGGCCUGGUGGGCUAAGAAACGAUCCUCCUCAAGGAAACAUCGUAAUGGAACAGGAGGAUACCCUUUAUGAAGGCUCAAUAUCUAGAGAUCAGGUAGCUGAAGUAGCAGUUGAGGCGUUACUCCAUCCAGAAUCUCAUUACAAAGUCGUGGAGAUAGUAGCUCGUACUGAUGCUCCUAAACGUUCAUUCAAGGAACUAUUCGGUUCCAUAAAGCAGCACUAGCUUGUCAAGAUGGUGUUUUCUGUCUAUGUUUAUAUACAUUAUUUGUAAAUAUAGUUACUCGAAGACCACAAUGCAACGAAUUUUACCGCGCAAGAUCCUUUGCUGCAA